AUGACUUCUGACAUAGAAGUGCAUGCGAAACAAAGGCGUGUUAUUGAAUUCCUCGGAGAGCCAGAAUUUAAAUAUGUUGGGAAUAUGCAUGGAAAUGAAGCUGUUGGAAGGGAGCUGCUCAUCUUCUUGGCUCAGUACUUGUGUAAUGAAUACCAGAAAGGCAAUGAAACUAUUAUCAACCUGAUCCAUAGCACACGUAUCCAUAUCAUGCCAUCUUUGAAUCCGGAUGGCUUUGAGAAGGCAGCAUCGCAGCCCGGUGAACUUAAAGACUGGUUUGUUGGUCGAAGCAAUGCCCAAGGGAUAGAUCUGAACCGAAAUUUCCCUGAUUUGGAUAGGAUAGUCUAUGUUAAUGAGAAGGAGGGUGGCCCAAACAAUCACCUCUUGAAAAACAUGAAGAAAGCUGUAGACCAGAAUCCCAAGCUUGCUCCUGAAACGAAAGGUGUCAUUCACUGGAUUAUGGAUAUUCCCUUUGUGCUCUCUGCCAAUCUCCAUGGAGGAGACCUUGUUGCAAACUACCCUUAUGAUGAGACUCGGAGUGGCAGUGCUCACGAAUACAGCUCCUGCCCUGAUGAUGCUAUUUUUCAGAGCCUGGCUCGCAGUUACUCAUCUUUAAACCCUGCUAUGUCUGAUCCAAACAGACCACCAUGUCGUAAAAAUGAUGAUGACAGCAGUUUUGUGGAUGGAACGACAAAUGGUGGUGCAUGGUACAGUGUCCCAGGAGGAAUGCAGGAUUUCAAUUACCUCAGCAGCAACUGCUUUGAAAUCACAGUGGAGCUUAGCUGUGAAAAAUUCCCACCUGAAGAAACUCUGAAGGGCUACUGGGAGGACAACAAGAACUCCCUCAUCAAUUACAUUGAGCAGAUUCAUCGAGGAGUGAAGGGUUUUGUUAAAGAUCUUCAGGGCAAUCCAAUAGCAAAUGCUACCAUUUCUGUGGAGGGGAUAAGCCAUGACAUUACGUCAGCCAAGGAUGGUGAUUACUGGAGACUGCUUGUGCCUGGAAACUACAAACUCACAGCCUCAGCACCAGGUUAUCUAGCAAUAACUAAAAAAGUAGCUGUGCCCUUUAGCCCUGCUGUUGUGGUUGAUUUUGAACUGGAGUCAUUGUCUGAAAGAAAAGAAGAGGAGAAAGAAGAGCUGAUGGAAUGGUGGAAAAUGAUGUCAGAAACACUAAAUUUUUAAAUGAAGAUUUCGGCUUUUAAGCUUUGAAUCUGUUAUAUGUUGAUUUAGUAUAAUGUACUGUGGAAAGUCCCUAUAUUUUAGAUUUUGUGCACUUCACAAUAUUUAACUUUGAUUUUUUUCAGUCAUCUUUUGAUUAAUAUUAUUAAAAAUAAAUACUAAACGCCUAGCUAGAUACAUAAGUUAUUAAUUUUCUUUCAUAUUGUUAUAGAAAAUUUACUCUUAUAUACAAAUCAGACAAAAAAAAAAGAGUGAAUGUCUCUGCAGCCUAUAUGGAAGUACAAUCUUGUGUAUUAUGUACAAGUUCAGAAUGUGUAAGUUAAAUUUUGAUUUAAGAAAAAAUAAAGCACUGUAGUCAGUUCCCAGUACCACCAGAAAUAUUUGACAGUGCAUAGUAGUAGACAGUGCUCUUUACUGAGUUCUAUAUGAGUGUUAUUGAAAAGGCUUAUAAUAAUAAUGUGGUGGUGUAAUGAUUAAAAUACAUUAUAACAUUUUGUGUGUCUCUGGUGUUGGGACUAUUCAAAUAUGUAAGAACCAUAAACUUCUCACUUCAUUUCAGGAAGCAGAAAGAAUGAAUCUGCAUUAACUCUUUUAUUAAAGAUGGCAUGAAGUGAAUUCAAGAAUUCAAGAGCUUUUGUCUUAAACUGUUCAUGAUUAUCUCAAGAUCAGGUUUAAAUUAUUUCUCAUUAUUUACUAGCCAAAUUAAAAAUUCUGAAUGGACAAAGAAGAAAAGCUUGUGCAUCUUGUUGAUAUGCUACUUGUGUUUGUUUUCCGUCAAGAAAAAAGGAAUUUCAGAUCAUAUCAGUUGAAAUUAAAUACCUGCCUUUCCAACAAACUCUAAAUGUAUCAGUGCUGCCUAAAUAAUCUGCUGAAAGUUCGUAUGGUCACUGAAAGCUACCAGAACUUUACACAAAAGUCAGACAAUGAACUGAAAAUCAUGGGUGAUAUGCAUUUAGCUUCACAAGCCAAGAACGGUUUGCUUUUGUUCCAACUUUGUUUCUUAUGUUGGUUAAUCUUAUUGGGAUCUAGAUGCAAGACUGAUAAUUGAGAAUUUUAUCUGUGGUGAAAUUUGACCAAAAAGGUUUGGUACAAUUCUUCUGAAACUGCUGCUUUAUUUCAACUAAGCAUCUCAUUGAAAGUUUUGACACUAUUGCUUCUCUAUUUUAAUCCAAGAUCAGGUAUUUGAUAUGGAUUUCCUUCCUCUGCCUGUGUUUUGAUGAGCAUGUUAUUUUAGCUGAUGUUGUAGAAGUUCAGUGCCAUUUAGAAUCUACCAACAAUGCAUUAUCGUAUUCCCACCUUAAGUGAAAAAUCACAUAUCCAGGAAUAGGAUCCAAAUUUACCUCCUCUGAGUAUUUAAAACUCUACUGAAAAAUAUCUUUUUUGACAAUUUGGUAUUCUCUAAUAAAAACAGCACUCGAUCCUUUGCAGUGAAAAUGUAACCACACAUUGAUAGAUUGAACAGCAAUAAGAAGGAAUAUACUCACUGGUCAGGAAUUUACUCUGAAACCUGUAAAUCAUUUAGUUGUUAGGUAUUGGAUUCCAGCCUUUAGGGGAACUGAACAUCCUGUGAGUCGUUAUCCAGUGGUGACCUUUGAAUCUCCAGUGUGAGGAGGAGCCUCUGUGUCCAACGGAGAACCCAACCUGUGCACAUCUUGGGAACAGCCUGGGGAAGCUGGGCACACGAACAUGCUUGGAUGAAGGAUGCUGCAGUGAUAAUUGGAAAUAUUAAGGCACAUCCAGAGUCUGGAAGUGGUGAUACUGCUUUCAGCAGAACCAGGUAAAACUGAAGCAAGCAGCAUAAAAAUUAAAGAGACCACUGGCAUACGGACGACUGGCUACAGGAGUGUUGCUGGCCUGUAAACUAAUGUAAUAAGGUGAAUGUAUAUUUGUAUACAACACCCUGCUCUGCCUCUUCCAAACCUUGCUGUAUCAACAUACACAGUAUCACUGUUGGUGCAAUGCCUGUCAUGCAUCCAAUCUUCCUGUGUGGUGGAUUGUACAGCAUAGCUAGUGCAGACAUUGCAUCACGCUGAUCUCAUAAUACAUUUCUCACCCUUACUUGUGCUAACAUGUGAGAUUCUCUAGUCUACUGUUCUGUGCAUUGGCAGUGAAAUGUAGUGUCCCAUUAAUGUUUUGCUUUAGGUGACUGCUUGCUAUUACUGUGCUGAGAGCAGGUUACAGUCAUUAGCUGGUCCAACACCAGAACCACUGCUGUAGUAAACAUCCUUCAGAGCAGCGUAGCCAGGACUCUCAGUGAAUUAUGUAGCUUUCCUUGCUGAACUGAGCUGUGUUGUAGGGCUGUGUGUGUUUAAAUGGAAGAUUAAAGUGUUGUGUGCUGCUGAGCUUUUGGUUUAAAAGGCACAUGCUGUACUAUUGUACAAUAAAUCUACAGGUUUAUUUAAAACUUAAAA